UGAGCUGCUCACCUGUUGUGCUUUUGAGGAUGUGUUUGCCCGUUCCUGACCAUCGCCCUUCAUCCCGUCUGGUGAGAAACUUAUCUGAACCGACCUUUGAAGUGACCCAUCAAGCGGUCGGCCAGGUUCUGGUAGAAAUCCUGGACGCACUCCGACAGCUCUUCAGCACUCAGAUCCUGAUGAGACAAGAGCCACCGUCCAGGAGCUGUUCUCUGUGGCUCGAGACGCCUCCAUCAUCCCUGAUAUCUCCUUGGAUCCUGUCCUCACCACCUUCCUCUCACUGGACUCCUCGGACGCUCUGCAGCAUCAGUAUGCCUUCUUACAGCGGAGCAUGAGUGGGGAGCAGCAGACUGCAUUCGGCCUCAGCCUGACCGGAGAGCUGGGGGGCAGCAGCAGGGUCACCUAUGGAGGAGUGGGGGUUGUUGCUCUGGCUCUGUCUAUGCUUUUUGACCAGGUUGCCCAACAAGUCCGAGCACAAGGAUCCACAGAGGGCGACCCAUCAGUUCAGAGAUCCCAGUCCAAGAGGAUUUUUGGGAUCAGCAAGUCGUCCAGAAUCGGCUGGAUCAUCCACAGCUACCUCCGCCUCAUCCCUGGGAUCGCCAGCGACCAGGAGAAGAUGGCCGAGACCACAGAGCUUUACGACAACUGGCUGAAGCUCGAGCUGAUUGAUCACUAUGAGAGGAUGAUCAUGAAGAAGAGGAUGAGUUCAGUGUCCAUGCAGCAGUGGCUGACUGGAGCUGCGUUUCAUCUACAUGUGAGAAUACACCAGGUUCGUCUGCACUCUGUGCCUGUAGGAUCAGCCGAGUCGCUGCGUCUGUCUUAUAAGACAGCAUUGGGUCGCCUGGUUCAGGGUUACACAGCCUAUCUACACAGAAACAUUCAGGAGACUGGAGCUCCAGGACCCCAAAAACCCAGAGCCACAACAGCCAGAGGACCAGGACAAAAUAGCACAUUGAGCAGAACCAACAUGACCUGCUCACAUAAUAACAGCUUUAAUGAGAGCCUGGUUCAUAUCUCUGCUGAUAAAUUUAAUGAGACUAAAGCACCCAAUUCAACUGCUGAAAUCAGCAGAAGUUGUAAAACAGACUUUGAACUUAAUGUGUCAAACAGAAGCGAUGAUUCCAGAGAGGCGAUGGCAAAUGGAGCAACACUGAACAAUACGACUGGAAACGGCAGCGAUGAGAAUGUUCUGGGUCUGUUAGUCAUUGAGUCAUGGAGGAACGUGAGUCACACUGUGCAGCACCACCCCUGUGAGUCUCCGGCCAUACAGCAAGCUCUGGUGACACGUAUUAUUAAUGCCCAGGACAUGGAGAGGAACAGAAACUUCUUCCUGUACCCUGAGAAAGUCUUCCACAGCCUGCUCAGGCAGAGGGACGACUUUGAGAUCAAGACAAGUUAGACAGAAAUGGACAGUGGUGGAAAUUAACCAAGUAUUUACUCAAGUAUGCUGUGCUUUAGUGCGGAUGAGUAUUUUCUUCUCAUGCUACUUUUUUACU